ACCACGAGGUAGCAUCUAGCCAUGCUCCGCUGGGCCCACGUCGGGAGGCUCCCCCAGGGGGGACGCGGCCCCGCGCGGCCCAGCUCCUCCAGGGUGCCCGUCGCAAGCGGCAGCGGCCGAGGCGGAGCCGAUCCGAGGCCGCUGCCCCUCUCGUACUCGCUCGUGGACGGGGAGGGGUCCCGCCCGGCCCUCGUCUUUCUGCACGGGCUCUUCGGCUGCAGAAACAACUUCAACUCCAUCGCCAAGACGCUGGCCCAACGGACAGGCCGGAAGGUGCUGACAGUGGAUGCCCGGAACCAUGGUGACAGCCCCCACAGCCCAGACAUGAGCUACGAGGCCAUGAGCCGCGACCUGCAGGGCCUCUUGCCCAAGCUGGGCCUGGCGCCCUGCGUCCUCAUCGGCCACAGCAUGGGAGGCAAGACAGCCAUGUUGCUGGCCCUCCAGAGGCCGGACCUGGUGGAACGCUUGAUCGCCGUGGACAUCAGCCCCACGGAGACCGCCUCGGUCUCCAACUUCCCAUCCUACAUGGCUGCUAUGCGGGCCGUAGCCAUCCCAGAUGGUGUGCCCCGCUCCCACGCCCGCAAACUGGCCGAUGAGCAGCUCAGCCCUGUGGUCCAGGACUUAGCUGUCCGGCAGUUCCUGCUCACCAACCUGGUGGAGGUGGACGGGCGCUUCCUCUGGAGGGUAAACCUAGACGCCAUGGCCCAGAGCCUGCAGGAGAUCAUGGCCUUCCCACCUCGCCAAGAGUCCUACCUCGGACCAGUCCUCUUCCUGCUAGGUGGCAACUCCCAGUUUGUGCACCCCAGCCACCACCCUGAGAUCAGGCGUCUCUUCCCUCACGCCCAGCUGCAGACUGUGCCUCACGCGGGCCACUGGGUGCACGCAGACCGCCCGCAGGACUUCAUGGCGGCCAUCCGAGGCUUCCUGGCCUGAGAGCCCCUCCUUGCUGGCAAGAGGGGGCACGGAGUCCCGGCAUCCAGGGCCCCCAGCCUCUCCACACAGCUGCACUGAGUGACUCGGGCAGGCACUGGGCAGGUUUCAGGGCACAGAGGGGCCAGACCUCAAGCUUUAAUGAAUAAAGAUGCUGCUCCUGAGACCCAGA